CAUUCUUGUAAGUGCUGAUUUAUACAGAUGAACCCAGAUUUACCAUAGAGCAGAUAGAUCUGCUUCAGCGCCUUCGGCGUACUGGAAUGACUAAACAUGAAAUUCUCCAUGCCUUGGAAACUUUGGACCGUCUUGAUCAAGAGCAUAGUGACAAGUUUGGAAGAAGGUCCAGCUAUGGAGGAAGUUCAUAUGGGAAUAGUACCAACAAUGUCCCAGCAUCUUCCUCUACAGCUACGGCUUCCACACAGACACAGCAUUCGGGAAUGUCCCCAUCACCUAGCAACAGCUAUGAUACUUCCCCACAGCCUUGCACUACCAAUCAAAAUGGGAGGGAGAAUAAUGAGCGAUUAUCUACGUCCAAUGGAAAGAUGUCACCAACUCGCUACCAUGCAAACAGCAUGGGUCAGAGAUCAUACAGUUUUGAAGCCUCAGAAGAGGACCUAGAUGUAGAUGAUAAAGUGGAGGAAUUAAUGAGGAGGGACAGCAGUGUGAUAAAAGAGGAAAUCAAAGCCUUUCUUGCCAAUCGGAGGAUUUCCCAAGCAGUUGUUGCACAGGUAACAGGUAUCAGUCAGAGCCGGAUCUCUCAUUGGCUGUUGCAGCAGGGAUCAGACCUGAGUGAACAGAAGAAAAGAGCAUUUUACCGAUGGUAUCAGCUUGAGAAGACAAACCCCGGGGCUACACUAAGUAUGAGACCAGCCCCCAUUCCAAUAGAGGACCCUGAAUGGAGACAAACACCUCCCCCAGUCUCUGCCACAUCUGGUACUUUCCGACUACGACGAGGGAGUCGAUUUACCUGGAGAAAGGAGUGCCUGGCUGUUAUGGAAAGUUACUUCAAUGAGAAUCAAUACCCAGAUGAAGCAAAGAGGGAAGAAAUUGCAAAUGCUUGCAAUGCAGUUAUACAGAAGCCAGGUAAAAAACUGUCUGAUCUGGAAAGAGUUACCUCCCUGAAAGUAUAUAAUUGGUUUGCUAACAGAAGGAAGGAGAUCAAGAGGAGAGCCAAUAUUGAAGCAGCAAUCCUGGAGAGUCAUGGGAUAGACGUGCAGAGUCCAGGAGGCCACUCCAAUAGUGACGAUGUCGAUGGGAACGACUACUCUGAGCAGGAUGACAGUACGAGCCAUAGUGACCACCAAGACCCCAUCUCAUUAGCUGUGGAAAUGGCAGCAGUCAACCACACUAUCUUGGCAUUGGCCCGACAAGGAGCCAACGAAAUCAAGACAGAGGCCCUGGAUGAUGACUGAUCAGGGAGGUUGAACACGACGAGUUAACUUAGUUUAGACGUAGCACCUUAGCAGACUUUCCUCGGUCCUUAACAUGUGUUCUUACAGUAUAACUUGCAGUUUCUUGUAUGUCAGAUAGCCGUUAGGGUCUUGUUCUGUGAAGAUGGCAUGGUGCCCUCAGCCUUUGCAUAUACUCUCUCAGUAUUAAUUCCUAGUAAAUAAUAACCAACCAACCAACCAACCAAACUUCCCUCUCCCAGCCCCCGAGGCUAGAACAUCUUGCUGCUCCGUCUUAGCAUUCCAAGAAAGUGCUUCCAGGUAUUUAGAUAGCCCUCAGUUCUCAAUUAUUAGGCUACGUGUAAAAUCUUGGGUACCUUUAGAUUCUUGUAACACUAGUCUGUACCCCCUUUUCCUUCCCCAAGACUGAUAGGAUGCAAGCUGAGGUCGUGGCACAGGAAUGACAGACACCAUUUGGGGAGUAUCCACAGAGUCAGAGGAACACUAGAACCCCCACCUCAGCGUGAGGAUAAUUGAUUUCCAGCUGCAAUAAGCCGUGCCUCAUUAUAGCCACGCUGUGGCUAGAUUAUACUUCUUGGGUGCUGUGCUAAGAAUGUCAAUGGAAAAAGUCAAUCUCACAUUUUGUUUGAAGUUAACAUGCCUGACACAGACAUCCUUUUCUCUCACAAGCUGUGUGACUUAGUAGAUAAAAUACUGCCUUCUGCCUUUGGGACCAUGAUUAAAAACAAAAACUAAAAGUCAUUAAAAAAAAAAAAAAAAACCCAGCUUGAGAGCAUUGGGAAAAAAAAUAAGAGCUGAAUGUCUGAUGGAUGCUAAAGUCCAGUUUUCAGAACCACUGCACAUUCCGCGGCACAGUUAGCAGUGCCUGCCUGGAAAAGUUUUGGAGGUCAUCGUGGAAGUUGCUUUGCCUCCUGUCGGUGUCCCCUUUCCCUGCUACCAAAAAAAUCUUUCAAGGAUGGAGCUAAGGUCAAAAAUGAGUGAAAAAACUUGCAGUGUUUGUAUCCAUUAAACUGAAGCCCCCUCAAUCUGAGAGGUCACUAGAAGACUUCAUAGUGGGGUCAUGCUGCCUGUCACAGAUGCAGACGCUUGCCCAGAUAGGAGCAGAGAAAAGCAGGGGACGCUUCCCACUCACAUUGUGGCUGUACCAGAACAACAGGAUGGGACUGCUUUGCUGUUCUCUUUACUCUGUCCUUGGAGAGAUGUGAAAAGCUGUAUUGCUACAGGCAAUUUAUUUAAUAAUUGGAAGCCAUAUUGAUAAUGGAUGUGGUAAUAUUUGUAAAGUUUAAUCUACUUUAAGCGGCAGUAACUAAUGGAAUUUUUUUCCUUGAUCACAUAUGUAGCACUUUUGUUACUUUUUAAAGAUAUUUAUAUUUGAUAAAUCUUUUUUUCAUUUUGAGAACUCAAAAAUACCAAACAGUGAACUUGUGUUCUAAAGUCACCCUGUGAUCACCUUGUCAUCUAGUAGCAAAAUGAUGAACUAUUCAUGCAUCAAAGAAAAUUACAUCUGCUGGCCUUGUAUGAAAAUGAUCUCUUGGCAUCCCGAUUAAAUGACACACUGUCACUGUG